CUUCACUACUCUCUCUUCAUACAAACACUGUCUCUCUCUCUCUCUCCAGAUUCUAGGGUUUCUCAGUCUCUCUCUCAGAUAAUGAACCUUUAGAUUCCUCGGGGGCUAAAUGAGUCAUUAUCCAACUCUCGCUCUCACCACUCUCCUCCUCUUCCUCUUCCUCCACACCGCCAACGCCGUAACCAACAAUGAACUCCAAUCCCUCCUCGAGUUCCGCAAAGGCAUCCACGACCAAACCUCCAACAACCGAAUCUCCUGGUCCGCACCAAACACCCUCUCCGAUCCCACCACUUGCCUCCCCAACUGGCACGGCAUCACCUGCGACCCGGAAACCGGUUCAAUCAUCUCAAUAAAUCUAAACCGGCUCGGUCUAUCCGGCGAAUUAAAAUUCCACACGCUCACCCCUCUCCUCUCCCUCCGUAACCUAACCCUAUCCGGAAACAACUUCUCGGGUCGGGUCGUCCCCACUCUAGGUCUAAUCACCUCCCUCCAGCACCUGGAUCUCUCCGAUAACGGAUUCUACGGACCCAUCCCGGAUCGGAUCUCGAAUCUCUGGGGCCUAAACUACCUCAACCUCUCCGCCAACAAAUUCGCCGGCGGGUUCCCCGGCGGGUUCCGCAACCUCCAGCAGCUCCGAUCUCUCGAUCUACACGGGAACCAAGUCUACGGAGACGUCGCCGAGAUUUUCACCGAGCUUAAGAACGUUGACUUCGUUGACUUGAGCUCUAACCGCUUCCACGGGGGCUUCUCCUUAUCAAACGAUUCGAGCAUCUCCAACACUCUCCGUCACUUGAAUCUGAGCCACAAUGUAUUAAACGGAGGAUUCUUCACGAACGAUUCGAUUGAUUUGUUCAAGAAUCUCGAGGUUCUUGAUAUUGAAAACAACAUGAUCAACGGCGAGUUGCCGAGGUUCGGAUCGCAGCCUAAUUUGAAGAUCUUGAAGCUCGCGCGUAAUCAGUUAUUCGGGAAAGUUCCUCAAGAGUUGCUUCAGAGUUCGAUGAUUCCGUUGCGUGAGUUAGAUCUCAGUAGAAAUGGAUUCACAGGAUCAAUUGGUGAAAUCAAUUCAACGAGUUUAACUUUAUUGAAUCUUUCUUCUAACGGCUUGUCUGGUGAGCUUCCAUCGAGUUUGAGGAGCUGUUUAGUGAUAGAUCUUAGUGGGAACAUGUUCUCAGGAGAUGUUUCCGUUGUUGGAAAAUGGGAAGCUACUCCGGACUUUCUUGAUUUGAGCUCGAAUAGUUUGUCUGGAGCUUUGCCUAACUUCACUUCCGCGUUUUCGAGAUUGAGUGUGUUGAAUAUUAGGAAUAACUCUGUCUCUGGUAGCUUGCCUUCUCUGUGGGAUGAUGAUUCAGGAGCUUCUCAGUUUACUAUGAUUGAUUUGAGCGCGAAUAAGUUCAGUGGUUCGAUUCCGCAAACGUUUUUUACUUUUGGGAGUUUGAGAAGUUUGAAUCUUUCUAUGAAUAAGUUAGAAGGGGAGAUUCCUUUUGAUGGUUCAGGAGCAAGUGAGCUUUUGGAUUUAAGUACUUAUUCUCAGAUUGAGUUGCUUGAUCUCUCGACGAACUCUUUGACAGGUAUGUUGCCUGGGGAGAUAGGUACGAUGGAAAAAAUUAAAGUGCUGAAUCUUGCGAAUAAUAAGCUGUCUGGGGAAGUUCCAAGUGAGCUCAACAAGCUUAGUGGUCUUGAGUAUCUUGACUUGUCAAACAAUGGUUUUAACGGUCAGCUUCCGGACAAGCUUCCUUCACAAAUGGUGAGGUUUAAUGUGUCUUAUAAUGACUUGUCAGGGAUAGUGCCAGAAGGUUUGAGAAGCUACCCACGUUCAUCGUUUUAUCCUGGUAACUCUAAGCUGAUUCUCCCAGGUGGGAGUCCAACGGAUUCUAACAGUGGAGAGGGUAUACAUGUGAAAGAACGUCACUCGAAGCGUAGCGUAAUGAUUGCAGUUAUUGUUGCUUCGCUUGGAGCUGCUCUUAUGGUUCUUUUUGUCUUGUUUGCUUAUCAUCGAACACAGCUCAAGAACUUUCAUGGGAGGAGUGGGUUUAUUGACCAGGAGACGACUAGGGACGCUAAGUUUGGACGCUCUUCUCGUCCUUCCUUUCUCAAUUUCAGCUCAAAUGCUGAACAACAGUCUUCAUCUUUGAGCUUCUCAAACACUCACUUGCUCACCGCGAAUUCAAGGUCCUUAUCUGGGAUACCUGAACCCGAAGCUGAAAUAUGUGAGCAGGGUUUACCAGCUACAUCUGGACGUAGGUCUUCUUCAGGAGGCUCUCCAUUAUCCUCCUCACCCCGUUUUAGUGACCAGCCUGUGAUGUUAGAUGUUUACUCACCUGAUAGGUUGGCUGGUGAGCUCUUCUUUUUAGAUGUUUCAUUAAAACUAACAGCAGAAGAGUUAUCUCGAGCUCCUGCGGAAGUUCUAGGUAGAAGCAGCCAUGGAACGCUAUACAAAGCAACACUGGACGAUGGGCAUAUGUUAACUGUGAAAUGGUUGAGAGUUGGACUCGUGAGGCAUAAGAAAGAUUUUGCAAAGGAAGCUAAAAAAAUCGGCUCUUUAAAACAUCCAAACAUUGUCCCGUUGCGAGCUUACUAUUGGGGUCCUAGAGAACAAGAGAGGCUUCUCCUUUCUGAUUACAUCGGAGGAGAAAGCUUGGCCAUGCAUCUAUACGAGACUACUCCUCGGAGGUAUUCACCGAUGUCUUUCACACAAAGACUAAAAGUUGCAGUUGAAGUGGCGCAGUGUCUACUUUACCUUCAUGAUAGAGCAAUGCCACAUGGGAACUUAAAGCCAACAAACAUUAUCCUCACAAGUCCCAACAACACCGUGCGGAUAACAGAUUACUGCAUUCACCGUCUGAUGAGUUCAUCUGGUGUAGCGGAACAGAUACUAAACUUGAGUGCACUCGGCUACUCUGCUCCUGAACUUGCCUUAUCUUCCAAACCCGUUCCAACGCUCAAAUCCGAUGUCUAUGCGUUUGGAGUGAUUCUUAUGGAGCUUUUGACUAGACGUAGUGCUGGUGACAUAAUCUCUGGCCAAUCAGGAGCCGUUGAUCUAACAGAUUGGGUGAGGUUGUGUGAUCAAGAAGGUAGGAGAAUGGAUUGCAUAGACAGAGACAUUGCAGGUGGGGAAGAGUUCUCAAAGGCAAUGGAUGAUGCACUUGCCGUUGCAAUCAUGUGCAUUGUCUCUGUAAAUGAAAGGCCUAACAUCAGACAUGUUCUUGAUCAGCUUAGCUCAAUUUCAGCUUGAGAUUUGUUUUUUUCUUUCUCUCUCUGUAUAUCUCAGUGGAUAUCUAUUCAUCCAUCAUCCUAUUUUUUCUUCUUCUUUCUGGUUUUAUGUUUUUUUUUUUCUAGUAGUUUGAUCAGAUGAUUCAAAUCCUCAGGUGUUCUUACUUUUGUAUUUUGUUGAUUAUUUUUCCCUUCCUUGUAAAGGUAGAAGAAAAACUAAUCCCAUUUUUUUGC